AUGUUUAACUUUUUUUAUUCCAUAGUGCAAAACGAGGUAUAUAAGCAAAAAAAGACACAAAACAGCGGAGAAGAUGAACGGCACUCCAGUGAAAGAACAGUAUCUGAGGCCUCCUUUAAUGCCGGCGUGAAUACUCAAGAAUUAGAGGAGAAGAUCAAAAAGCUCCACGAGGAAUUCCCUCGUUCGCCGAGAGUGCUCAUUAAGAAGACUCUUUGUAGUGAUGACGUUCAGUGUGAUCUUGUGAAAGCCAAAAGACGGCUACAGGAAUUUUCACAAAUAGACGAUCCAUCUCUCAAGAGUCCUGUGGCAAGUGAGUUCAUCUCAGACAACUCAAACAGAGAUUUGCAGAUGAGCAAAGGGAAACCUCAUUCAGGUUUGUAAAUAAUGAAAAAAGUUGCUAUGUAAGUACUGGAGACCAUAUUUUUUAGAUUUAUUGCCCUUAAUGUUUCUGUUCAUUUCCUUAUGAAAAGGACUCUAGCGGAAUUGCACUCCUUCAUCAUUCGGAAAUGUUGCAAUUCGAAUGGAAACAUUUGAUUGACGUCCACGACAACUCAGGUUGCAACCUAGAAAAAAACCUAUCAAGGGAGUGUGUUAUUGGAAACCGCUGUACGUUGUACGAGUAUAUUCCGCAUUUCCUUGUUAGUCGAUAUCUAAGAAUGAAAAAGUAGCACGGGUAGUAUAAAGUUAACCUGAAGAAAAUCUAGAGCAACAUAAGAUAACGACUCGGUCGAACUCUGGCUUUAAGUUGCCAGGAGUUGUGUCCAACGAACCGUGUAUACAAGCUCGGAUAUUAUUCAUUAUUUUUAGUUAGAAUAGUUCAGCUCGCUCGAACAAUAUUUUGCCAGUAGCGACCAAAGAACAAUAUGCACAGAUUAUCUUGAUGUUGGUCUUCUGGGAAGAGGUGCAUGUGUUGCUGUUGAAAAGGAUGUUAUGCGUUUUAAUCUUUGUAUUUUUAUCGUGUUCCGGGCUCCUAGCUGGCUAACUUUUUUUAUUCCAUAGUGCAAAACGAGGUAUAUAGGCACAAAAACAUACAAAACAGCGGAGAAGAUGAACGGCACUCCAGUGAAAGAACAGUAACUGAGGCCUCCUCUAAUGUCAGCAUGAAUUCUCAAGAAUUAGAGGAUAAGAUCAGAAAGCUCCAGGAGGAAUUCCCUCGUUCACCGAGAGUGCUCAUUAAGAAGACUCUUUGUAGUGAUGACGUUCAGUGUGAUCUUGUGAAAGCCAAAAAACGGUUACAGGAAUUUUCACAAAUAGACGAUCCAUCCCUCAAGAGUCCUGUGGCAACUGGGUUCGUCUCAGACAACUCAUACAGAGAUCCACAGAUGGGCAAAGGGAAACCUCAUUCAGGUUUGUAAAUAAUGAACAUAGAACAUAUUUUCAAGAUUUCUCUCCCCUACGAGUUUCUUUCCAUUACCUUAAGCAGAUUCGAGACGUAAUCCAGUCUUGAGUCUCUAUCCAAGGCAGGGAUGAUUGGAGAAGGCGGUAACUGAGCCGACAUUUUCAGAAUCUUGCUCUCUUUAAUUUUCUUCGGCAGCUUUUACACUUCUUACCAUUUCAGAUCUGUUACUCCGAGAUCAUGUUAUGGCAUAUUAUUUGUCACUUUAACUUGAAUUGUAAAUCUCCUGAACGAAAUUCUGUGGAGUUAUGAUAAUUCAAUUGGAACGCCCCUUUGGCAGAAAUUUUGCAUGGUACCAUUUGUUUCAUAUCUAUGGGAUUUAGCAACAAGAAUAUCAUUCUUCUUUUGUGAACUUUGUCUUUAGCCACUGAAAGACGCGAAAUGAUUAACUAAGUAUAUGUAUGUGUAAUCAAAUGGCGACGAGUGAAAUUAGGCAAUAAUUUCACGCGCGUUUUGUCCAAAUCCUAAUAAUUUCCCGAGCCUUCAGGCGAGGGAAAUUAUCAGGAUUUGGACGAAACGCAAGGGAAAUUAUUCCCUAAUUUCACGAGUAUACCAUUUGAUUACCUAUUAAUAUCAUGGGUGACGAAUUACGUUAGCAAUCUUGGAUUUUUGACAUGUUUAUCCUGGAUCGUAUCGAUCGAGAACUCCACUCUGUCAAAUGUUUGGACCCUAAAUUUGGCUUAUAAAGUUCAGAAAUUUUCAGACUUUUUCGGCAAAAUACCUGUUAGAAUCCUUCUUGAUGUUCUCUUGUGUGUUCAGGUUUUGUAAAGCCUCUUUUUGUGCUCUGACAUUUUCAUUCACAGCAUUUUAAAACUUCGUCGCCAUCUUGACACUGAGACGUACGGAAGGGUUGCCAUGGUAAUUUUGUAAUUUCACAUGUGAAAUUACAAAUUAACUCUGAAAUUUCGCGCCAAAAUUAAGGAGUAAUUCGUCACCUAUGAUAUUAACAUGUGUAUUGUGUUUAGCAAUCACCAAAUCAGUGAAUCAAUUAAGUGAUUGGCUAGCUCCCGUAACUCGAAGUAUACUUGGCUGUUCACCAUUUUGGAACGGGAAUCAACUUGGUGGGUCGUUUCGCGACAGUUUCAAAUGAUGACAUUUUAGCUAUUAAUGAAGCACUUGUACCAAAAGAAGAAAAAAUUUCGACGUCUGCACUUGAAAAUUCUUUUCCUUUACAUAAUCUGCCAUUUUUUUAGCUUCCGAGCAGAAUAAAGUCUUAGAAUCCUGAGGAGUUUCUGAACAUGUUCAUCGGUACAAUCUUUUGUUUUUGUAUUGCUUUGUUUGUUAAUUCAGUCGGUCAGUUGAAAUUGACACAAAUGUGACAGUACGUGUGACGUGUGAAAAGAGAAGAUGUCUAUCUUCCGUACCGGACGCUAGACUUCAAGGGAGUUUGAAUGCAGGCACACUAGGAGUGUUCGACACUGCCUCACAGAUCAAAUGACUGCACUGUGCACUUUUUUUUGCUGGCUCGAGGCCGGUUAAAUGCUUCAUUUUCAAACCAUAUAGAUAAUAAUAGUGACUGCUGUGACCUGUGUAAAUUCUGAGUUGUGUACAUUUGUAUAUAGUUUAAGGUGGUAAGAUCAUUAAUUUAAAAAAUCACGGAAUUGAUGGGUGCCAAUACUUAGGAAAGUGUCCCCAAUUUGCUAACUGUUAAGCUAAAUAUAUUGCAACUAAAAUGACGUUGUUAUUAUAAUUAUUAUUAUUAUCACUGUUUUCUCCGACGAAUGAUCCACGUUCUUAGACAUGAUGAAUGUCAUUGGCAUUGACAAAAAGCAGCAACUUUAUAUAAUCAAGAAAUUAAAUGAUGAACAUAGCCAUUAGCGCAACAUAUUACAUCUUUUGGUGUAGAAAUAGGAAUUGGAAUAGCCCAGACUUAUGCAAUUUUGAUUUUCUUUUCUUCUUCGUCUUUCUUUUUUUCGAAUAAUUUAAUCUCAAGCAGCAUUUGUAAAUUGCUUAUACGUAGCGAGAUUUACAAUUGUACAUUCAAAAACACAAAUAAAGCUUCCAUUAUUAUUAUUAUUAUUAUUAUUAUUAUUAUUAUAUAGAGCUAGUGUUUAUUGAAGCAAAGUGUUUUUUUAUAGCAUUGCAAAGGAAGUAUCGGGAACAGAAGUAUCAGGAAAGCGAUGAAAACUCUAAAGAAGAAGAUUAUAAUGAAGGCUAUGGCAGUGAUUAUGAAGUAGAGUGUGGCGGUGAUUGGCAAGAUAAUGAUUGUGCCGACAAUGUGAGAAAUUGGGAUGAUGACGAUGAAAAUGAUUAUGACUAUGAUUAUGAAGAAGAUUAUAACGAUAGUUCUGAUGAUUAUGACGUCGACGAUGUUCUAGAGGAUGGUUACUAUGAUUAUGAAGAAGAUUGCGAAGAAGUUUGUUGUAAUAUUCCAGUGGUUUCACAACUAGGUAACCUCCUUCAUGGUCAAACUUCUAGGGGAAGAAGAGUGGAUUCUAAACUGAUGCUGUUUUCGAACCAAGGUUGGUCUCGUCUUCAAAGCACAGGAGGAUAUAACCCUGUCGAAGACCACUUGCAACUGAAUGGAGGUAAUUAUUACAAAAAUAGGGAUCUCCAGUGUCAGACAUGACUACGUAAUGGUCUGGUAAAUACACCGACGGUUCAGUUAACCUGCACUGUGGGGAAAAAACGGAGACAAACGUAUUACAUGUCGUUACUGUAAUUACUACUUUGAUAAUCUCCUACUUCUGAAGUGGAGAGGCAUGUGGCUCGUUUGCCAUCUCUCCAUCAAGAGGCUCUCUUUUUAUUAUUAACCGCCUGGAAUAAUUAAAUUGGGAAAUAAUGACCUUUUUUAACAUUUUGCGCAAAGGGAAUUCACACUCUCUAUUUUCAUCCUACCCUGGAGAGAGGACCAUGGAUCGACCAUGUUCAACUAUGGUUUUAAGAUUAAAAAAUAAAAGAUUAAGAUAUCAGAAGAGAAGCAUCAACUAUAUAGAAAUGAAAGAUAGUAAAAAAACUUAGACGCGUGCUAAAAUAACGUAACAGAACAACAUGCAGAAAUGUCACAUAUCUGAACUGCUGAUGACUCUGAUUAAGUCAAUCGGUCCUCAUUUUCAAUCGUAAGAAAGAAGAGACACUCCGACCAAAGUAAAUCCAGUUGUACUAAGUAUAAUCUAUACACAAUGCAAGUUUCCACGGCACCCACACAUAAAUUAUUGAUAUGGACCCUUUUUUUUCAGAUAACUUGUCUCCCAGCGGCUGGGCUCCAAUGCCUCUUCACGAAAGGGGAAAUGAAGUUGCUGUUCAUACGGUGAACCUAGCAAGCACUUGUCCUGAGUACCAAGAGGUCGCACAGAGGGUAAGACAGACACUUCCGUCCCAGAAUAUUGUCAGCAUCGCAAGAAUUCAAAAUCCCUUUCUUUACCAGUCUUAUCAACUGCGAAAGCAAAAAAUGAAGAAAGACAAUGGAGGAGAUAACGAACGCCAGCUGUUUCACGGCACAAAUCCAGAUAACGUAACAAAAAUUAACACUCAAGGAUUUGACAGAAGUUUAUCAGGCUCAGCAAAUGGUGAGAAUUCUUAACCUUCACAAAGUGCAAUAGUUACCGUAAAAAGUGUAGAUUGUCCAAUCACAACGUUUUCUGAAAACAAAAGAUUCUCAAGGUUUUUUUCAAACGGACAAAUAAAAUUCAAGUAUUCAACUAAAAACUUUAAAACCGUUUGAAAUUAUCUGACCUCUCAGGAAACAACCCUCAGAUUUAUAAAUGUUAUUGGUCCGUUUGCAAAAAAACUAGGGGAUCUUUUGUUUCAAAAAAGCAUUCAACUACAGUAUACUUGCAAUCUCCAGCGGCGGUUGUCUCUAUGGGUUCAGGAUUAACAAUCAGAGAGGACUAAUCCCGACCAAGUGCUCAAUUGGUCAAUUGGGGGUCAGUAUGCAUCUCGUAAGCAAAAACACUGAAGACACCAAAUUGUAGCUACUGGCUAUCUAAACACUGGAGCAGAAUAAGUGUUCUGGUGACUCAUGAAUGCCAAGCUUAAAAUCAGUCCAUUUAUUUGUUUUUUAGUAGCCUGAGAAACUCCACCUCGGUUGUAGUCUUGCUCCUCAGUGCUAUGAAUAAUCACGACACUUACAACAGGGAUUGUAAUUGCUAGAUAUGAAGCAAUAAUCGAUGACAGACGUAUACGUAUGUGGCAAUAAUAUGAAAUAGACGCAAAGGAGACCAAGCUCAUCAUACAGUCCAUAUGAACUCAAUGAUAUUUUUUCUAGCCAACACUCGGAAAACCUUUUCUCCCGACCCUUGAAAUCUAAGAAACUACUUUAAUAUUUUAGCCUUUACAAUACAGCUGAAUGCGAGUCUUUUUAGGAGACCUUUUAGUGCUGCAGAGCACAUGAAUCACACUAUUAACUCAUUAAUUACGUCAUGAACACUUUUAUAGGAGCUAUUUUUGGCACUGGAGUCUACUUUGCCAGAGAUGCCUCAUAUUCAAGGUGCUAUACUUCAAAUACCAUUGGUGCCAUGUACCUCGCCCGUGUCUUGGUGGGACAGUAUUGCAAAGGCGAUUCAAACAAGAAAAAACCUCCACCAAUAAACCCAAGUCGACCAGAGAUUCUGUUCGACUCUAUGGUGAACGACAUACAGGAUCCUUCAAUUUUUGUUGUAUAUUACGACAAUCAAUGCUACCCAGAAUAUCUUAUUAGAUUUUAA